AUGGUUGACAAAUACGACCCCCGUUUCCCCGGCCGUGUCAUCAAGCAGGAGAACAACAAUGACGGUGAUGAGAGCAUCUACGCGUCGACUGACGAUGGCUUUAAUGAUGACAAAAGCGACGCCGGAAGCCCACCCGCCCCUGCUCGUCCGAUCCUUCCCCAGUCAAAGUCGGAGAAGCUCAUUGAUUUUGGCGACGACUUCGAUGACCCCAAGGAUCUGGAAGCUACUGUCUCGGACACCAAUCAUGCCCGGACGAUUACGAGUGUCGCUGUCAUUAAGCAGGGCGAUUCCCAAGAGACCGCGAUUCCGCCUCGUGAGAACAACCCUUCCCCGAUCGAGUCAUUCGUUUCUGGUCGCAAGCCACUGAACCCAUCCUCAGCCGAGUUUACCCCCAGCAGCACGAACAGAGACAAUUUGUCGUCAAAGCAGUCAUUCUCGUCCUACUCAGAUGCUCGCCAAAGUUUGGACGCGGGAGUUGGCCUUUUCGCCAUGAAGUCUCGCCUCAGCCGGCUCGAGGCCGAUCACGAAGCCCUCAAAAGCGAAAAUGAGAGCCUCGAAUACGUCAACGAAUCGCUAAGGCAUCAAGCGAACUUGGACCAGGACACAAUCGCCAAGCUCAGGGAAGAUAUCAAGGAGGCCAAUCUUCUCCGAUGCAGAGCGCAGACUUACUCUGUCGAACAGAAUGAGCGAAGCAGCAAGGAUCAAGAAGUACUGAGCAGACUCCAAGACGAUCUCGACCAUAGUCAAGAGCAGCUCACAGAAUACAAGGCGAAGUAUGCCGGAGCGGUCGCAAACAAUGCACCUCUCGUUGCUCAGCUCCAGGCCAUGCAGAACUGCCUUCUCAACGCUGUUGAGCGGGCCAAGAUGUACGAGGCCUUCAUGCGCUCCUUUAUCACUGAUCACCCAGAGGUUACAGAAGCUUUCGCAGUCAUUGGAGUCUCUCCUGAUGACGGCACAACCACGAAGCCUGGUCUCUCGACGGUUCUUGGCAUCAAUGACGAGCCUUUGAUAUCAUUUGAGGACCAUUUUCCAGCUCUCCAGACACCUUCCAAGCCCCAGAACGUUGAUCGAGACAACCAGGCCACUUUCCCGAAGCCCGAGUUCCCCUCCACCUUCAAGGAAGCCCUCGUCACGCCCGACGCUUUGGCUGAAAAGCAGCACCCUGCUCCCGUCAUUGAACACCUUGACAACCAGAACACCGAGACUGCAACUAGCACGGCCGACACCAUGACUGGGCUCGACUGGAGUGAUGGCAGCGAUAACAUCUGGGACAGUCCAUUUCAGAAGGAGCGCGCGCUGCAGACGCACCAGCGUACCGUUGGAAGUCGUCACCCUUCAGCGGUGCCGGGUAUGUUGAAAUACGGCCUUCGGUAUAUACGCGAUGGGGCUGGUCAGAAGCUAACCGCCGACAAUGGCGUAUCAGAUGUGUCUUCCAGGACGAUCAUCAUGACUGGACUUCCCGAUGAGGUUCACGUCCAGCGCAUCCUUGAGCACAUCCGAGGCGGUCGAAUUCUCAAGGCCCACGCGAUGCCGAUGGGAACUAGUGAUAAUCGUUUCAACCAUGCGUACAUUGAGUUCACCUCUCCUGAGGAUGCUAAGGCGUUUUUUCAAUACAGCCUGGACCGCGGUCGCGAAAUCGGAUUCACCACGGCUGAUGGUAAUUCAGUUCAAGUCCGCAUCAGCAUGCCCAACACGGACUCAUUUCCCCUCAAGGACUCAAUCCUCACCAUGAUUCGCGAGGGAAAUACUCGAUGCCUCACCGUCACCGGAUUCCCCGUCAAGGAUCUGCACAUGGUUCUCAAAAGAGCUGGGCUGGCGUCCACCUUCGCUGAAGUCAUCACGCACUUUGCGUACACCGACGAGAAAAGCUUUCAGAUCUCAUUCUCCAGCAUUGAGUCAGCUGUGCUUGUUCGUAAGUGUAUCAUCGGAUCCCCUCUUUAUAGCGGAUCACGCGAGGGGCACGAUGUCAUCUUCUGCCCGGACCCGUGCGAUGCCUCGCUCGAUGAUCUUCUCCAGAUUCGACACCUCCCUACAUCCCGCUCAUUCAAUACCGAUGCCAUCUCCUCAAAGAACGCCCGCGGCUUUCAGACCAAAGAAGAGGCUGAGGCCGAGGAUCAGCGCUAUCAAGAGGCAUGGCUUGCGAAUGCCCACUCAAAUGAUCCGGAGGAAGAGGCAGAGCUCGAUGCAUUCCGAGAAAGACAGAAGCCCAUUACUUGGGAGAAAGGCGCAAACUGGGACGAGGCCGUUGAGUACAUGGCUUAUGAUCCUGAUCAGAGAAAAGAGGUUCGUCACCGCAAAGAUUCCAAAUCAGGUGCCUUUCAAAUGUGGUAUUCUGCUGGCUGGGCCUACACCACAGAGCAGUCGCAGAAGGAAUGGCUGCACUAUAAUAUCGACAGCACUAACCCUUAUACCCAGCAGACUGCGGAUUUGAUAUACCAGAGCACUGGCGCGAUUGAUCAACGAAAGCAAAUCAUCGUUGACGACGGCGGCGUUGAUGGAGACGCAGAGCAGUCUUUGAAUGACGGAUCGGCCGCUCGCCGCUCCAACCUCUCGGCCAAGCUUUUCGCGGAGUCCAUUGGUAUGAGGGGCAACGAUCGAUCAGUUCCCGUCACUGCCGUAUUGCCAAUUGCCGGCACCGAGUACAACCGCGUCGGCGGUAACACUGGACUGGGAGUCCCGUCUCUUCUAGACGCUCCGUCGAUCCCGAACACCAAUGUACCGACUACGCCUUUGGCAUUCCGUCAGCGCCUUCAGGAGAUGAACCAUGCUCCUUCGUCCGUCGCUCCAUCGGUCAUGAGCAGAGGUGUAGCCCUGCACGGAAUCACAAAGGCAGGAUUCAACAAGCUGGCAGCCCGGGUUGCGCAAGACAAGCGCGAAGCGAGCAUCAAGAAGGCUCGCAAGGAUGAUGGCCCCUUUUGGUAA